GUUUACCUUUGGAAGGGGAUUUAUAGGAUAUUUAUCCACUUACUAGCUGAGAUGCAUUACUACCGUGACUGAUCAGCGCCAAAUGCUCACUACAACACCACGAGGUCACAGGGUCUCGUCUCCCCCCUAUACCCAAAGAGAACUGGUGUCUAUGGGUUCCGUAGAUGCGAACCAUCUCGAACCGACUCCGACGCCCUACAUUUGACACUCGACCUGACUUGACGAGACUUCAACGAACCUAAAAAUCUGACCUACUUGAGGGGGAGUCUUGGAUUCAUUCACCAUCACUUUUCGUAUUCUACUGUCAAAUAUCAGCAAGGGGAAAAAUCUAUAGCAAAAUGGUCAAAAUUGAGAGUUUCUCCGUCGAAAAGUGGAUGGAUCAGUAUGAGCAUCAUUGCGAACAUAACAUAGCCGAAACAUGCUGUGCUUCCAUUUCCAUUGACCAACUACGUGAGCUAUCCGAAGACAAAGGCCGAGAGAUCUUCCAAGCGUCUAAGCCCCUCACCUAUGGUUCCAUACGAGGCUCCGACGAACUGAGGUCCAAUCUUGCUCGACUCUACUCUGCAAAAGCGACAAACCCUCUGAGUCCAGACAAUAUUCUGACUACCCCCGGAGCGAUUCAAGCCAAUUACCUCUGCGCAUAUGCUUUGGUGGGGCCGGGCGACCAUGUCAUCUGUCACUAUCCAACAUACCAAUCUCUGUACGAUGUUCCCAAACAACUGGGUGCCGAAGUCGACCUUUGGAAGGCUAAAGCCCAGAAUCAAUGGGUGCCCGAGAUCGCAAAAUUGAAGAGCUUGAUCAAACCAAACACCAAACUGAUCAUCGUCAACAACCCCAACAACCCAACUGGUGCUGUGCUCAAGCGUCCCUUCUUGCAGGAACUCAUCGACGUCGCAUCCGAGCAUGGCAUCAUCGUCAUGUGUGACGAAGUGUACCGACCAGUAUUCCAUUCGAUCACCCCUGCGGACUCGGGAUUCCCCCCAUCAUUGCUGUCUAUGGAUUACCGAAAGGUCAUCGUCACCGGAUCUAUGUCCAAGGCCUAUGCAUUGGCUGGCAUUCGAGUGGGCUGGAUUGCUUCACGAGACCCUGAGAUCAUCGAGCAGCUGGCUGAAGCACGACACUAUACCACGAUAUCGGUCAGUCAGCUAGACGAGCAGGUUGCUGCAUACGCCCUCCACCAGAACACAAUACACAGCCUACUGGCAAGAAACAUCAAGUUGGCCAAGACCAACCUCGAGCUCUUGGAAAAGUUCGUGUUGAAGAAUGAUGAUGCGUGUGAAUGGGUGAAGCCGCUAGCAGGCACGACAGCAUUCGUCAAGUUCCACCGCGAGGGAAUUCCUGUCGACUCAGUGGACUUUUGCGAGAAAUUGCUCAAGGAGACUGGAGUCCUUUUCGUUCCGGGAAAUGAAUGCUUCGGUGAGGAAUUCAAAGGGUAUGUGCGAAUUGGGUUCGUGAACCACACGGAGAUCAUCAAAGAGGGCUUGGACAAGACGACUAAAUUUGUAAGGAAGAGCCUUGACGACGUGAAGCUCGCAACAUAG